UUUUCCAUCACCCGGCAGAGAAGUCCGGCGGACCGAAAUACGAUCACGACAAGGCCAAUCGGGGAUCCUUGACACAUGUCAGCGUCCCCGGGGGCUCAGUGACAUUUGAGAAGACCACACAGCAUCACGCAAUGGAGCCGAACUUAUUCGUUCGCUUCAUCAGCUCAUUCUUCGACGCGCCCCUGAACGUGUCAGCCGGCCACACGCUGGAUGCUGAGCCAAGGCCACCGAGACUGCACGGAUCCCCGAUCAUGAGCCUCUUCGGCGACGAUGACGACGACGAUGACGACGACUCUGAAGAUGGCAUUAUCGACCUCGACCUUUAAGCCUCGGUACGGGAGCUUCAGCAGUGAGUGCUAGUCAAUUUUAUUACGGUAGAGACAUGUCUCCAGUCCCAGCAGACGUCUUUGUUAAAAUAUGCUGCAUUCAGAAAAUGUGUUACACUGAGGGGUGCGCAACCUGUGGCGUAGCACAGCAUGUACUGCCGCAAGAAGGGAGGGAGAGAGUGGGAGACGGAAACGGAUCAACUAAUGCCUAUGGAGCAAGGAUGCCAUUGUUCAUGUACGCUGAAUAAGUAGAUAUUUCUGAUGGAAAUAUAAACAAUUUACAGCAA